GGGCGGGGGUGGAGGGAGGGUCGGGUGUCGGCGAGCGCGGCGUGCGGGUUCCAAGUGGCUGCAGGCGGCCUGGGCUGCCGGGGCCGACGCCUGGGUGGCUGCUGCCGCCGCGCCUGCGGCGAGAUGGCGAUCUUGGGCGCGGAAGGUUGAGGGCGCCUGCUGUUGGAGGAGACACCGCUGCCGGGGCCGCCGGGGCCGCCGCUACCGCGGGACACUUCCAGAGGUAUCUGCAUCCUCACCAUGUCUUCCCUUUCCAGUCUUCAGUGUGAGAGUAUGUCUGUACCUCUGUGGUAAGUCUCAGCAGUCCUGCCCUGUCAGAGAUCUUGUCAUAGUUGUCUCCUCACUAGACUAUGAACUCCUUGAAAGAAGGAAUUGUGUCUUACUCAUCUUUAUACCCCCAGUGUCUAGCAUAGUUCCUGAUACAGAGUUUAAGUUGAAUUUUGGGACAUGGCCACUGCUUCACCAAGAUCUGAUACUAGUAAUAACCAUAAUGGAAGGUUACAGUUACAGGUAACUGUUUCUAGUGCCAAACUUAAAAGAAAAAAGAACUGGUUUGGAACAGCAAUAUAUACAGAAGUAAUUAUAGAUGGAGAAAGUAAGAAAACAGCAAAAUCCAGUAGUUCUUCGAAUCCAAAAUGGGAUGAACAGUUAACUGUAAAUGUGACCCCACAGACUACAUUGGAAUUUCGAGUUUGGAGUCAUCACACUUUAAAAGCAGAUGCUUUAUUAGGAAAAGCAACAAUAGAUUUGAAACAAGCUCUGUUAAUACACAAUAGAAAAUUGGAAAGAGUGAAAGAACAAUUAAAACUCACCUUGGAAAACAAGAAUGGCAUAGUGCAAACUGGUGAACUAACAAUUGUACUUGAUGGACUGGUGAUUGAACAAGAAAAUCUAACAAACUGCAGCCUGUCUCCAAUGAUAGAGAUACAGCAAAAUGGUGAUGCCUUACAUGAAAAUGGAGAACCUUCAGCAACAACCACCAGGUUGGCUGUUGAAGGUACUAAUGGAAUAGAUGAUCUUGUAACUACAAACACUGUAGUCCAAAACUCAUGCUGUUCACAUGUAGUUAAUGGAGAAAGCACACGUUCAUCUCCAUCUCAGGUUGCUGCCAGACCCAAAAAUACACCAGCUCCAAAACCACUUACAUCUGAGCCUGUCAGUGAUACUGUUAAUGGCGAGUCACCGUGUGCUGCACCACCUGAUGAUGCUUCCAGCACGGGUCCUGCAGUGGCACCUGAAGAAUCCGCUGCGUCUCCAGAUUCCGCUAGUGCUGCUGCUGAGGAUCCUCCUGUCCCAGAAACUCUGACUUCCUCAGAAAACAAUGAAUGUAUUCUUCCUAACAGUGCAGCUUUUGGAUCUGAAGCUAGAAGUACAUUAAACUCUGCCACCUCUAAUUCUGGAAAUGGUUCUGCUUUUGAAGCAGCCAAAUUAAGACAGCCAGAUGGGUGUGUGGAGUCUGUGUGGCAGCAGUCUGGAAAUGCCAGCACAGGGACUUUGCCAUCAGGGUGGGAACAGAGAAAAGAUCCUCACGGUAGAACCUAUUAUGUGGAUCAUAACACUCGCACAACCACAUGGGAGAGACCACAACCUUUACCUCCAGGUUGGGAAAGAAGAGUUGAUGAUCGUGGAAGAGUUUACUAUGUGGAUCAUAACACCAGAACUACAACCUGGCAGCGGCCCACCAUGGAAUCUGUCCGGAAUUUUGAACAGUGGCAGUCACAGCGGAACCAAUUGCAAGGAGCCAUGCAACAGUUCAACCAGCGAUACCUCUACUCGGCUUCAAUGUUAGCUGCAGAAAAUGACCCGUAUGGCCCUUUGCCACCAGGCUGGGAAAAAAGAGUGGAUUCAACAGACAGAGUUUACUUCGUGAAUCAUAACACAAAAACAACCCAGUGGGAAGACCCAAGAACUCAAGGCUUACAGAAUGAAGAACCUCUGCCAGAAGGCUGGGAAAUCAGGUAUACUCGGGAAGGUGUCAGGUACUUUGUUGAUCAUAAUACAAGAACCACAACAUUCAAAGAUCCUCGAAAUGGAAAGUCAUCUGUAACUAAAGGCGGUCCACAAAUUGCUUAUGAACGCAGCUUUAGGUGGAAACUUGCUCACUUCCGUUAUUUGUGCCAGUCUAAUGCACUACCCAGUCAUGUAAAGAUCAAUGUGUCCCGACAGACACUGUUUGAAGAUUCCUUCCAACAGAUAAUGGCAUUAAAACCCUAUGACUUGAGGAGACGGUUAUAUGUAAUAUUCAGAGGAGAAGAAGGGCUUGAUUAUGGUGGUCUAGCAAGAGAAUGGUUUUUCUUGCUUUCACAUGAAGUUUUGAACCCCAUGUAUUGCUUGUUUGAAUAUGCUGGAAAAAACAACUACUGUCUCCAAAUAAAUCCAGCGUCAACCAUUAAUCCAGACCAUCUUUCAUACUUCUGUUUCAUUGGCCGCUUUAUUGCUAUGGCACUUUUUCAUGGAAAGUUUAUCGAUACUGGUUUCUCUUUACCAUUCUACAAGCGAAUGCUAAGUAAAAAACUGACUAUUAAGGAUUUGGAAUCUAUCGAUACUGAAUUUUAUAACUCCCUUAUUUGGAUAAGAGACAACAACAUUGAAGAAUGUGGCUUAGAAAUGUACUUUUCUGUUGACAUGGAGAUUUUGGGAAAAGUUACUUCACAUGACCUGAAGUUGGGAGGUUCUAAUAUCCUGGUGACUGAGGAGAACAAAGAUGAAUAUAUUGGUUUGAUGACAGAGUGGCGUUUCUCUCGAGGAGUGCAGGAGCAGACCAAAGCGUUCCUUGAUGGUUUCAAUGAGGUUGUCCCCCUCCAGUGGUUGCAGUACUUCGACGAGAAAGAACUGGAGGUUAUGUUAUGUGGCAUGCAAGAGGUUGACUUGGCAGAUUGGCAGAGAAACACUGUGUAUCGGCAUUACACAAGAAACAGCAAGCAAAUAAUUUGGUUUUGGCAGUUUGUGAAAGAGACAGACAAUGAAGUAAGAAUGCGACUACUGCAGUUUGUCACUGGCACCUGCCGUUUACCUCUGGGAGGAUUCGCUGAGCUCAUGGGAAGUAAUGGGCCUCAAAAAUUUUGCAUUGAAAAAGUUGGCAAAGACACCUGGUUACCAAGAAGCCACACAUGUUUUAACCGCUUGGACCUACCACCGUAUAAGAGUUAUGAACAACUAAAGGAAAAAUUACUUUUUGCAAUAGAAGAGACAGAAGGAUUUGGACAAGAAUGAAUGUGCUUCUCAUCUUGAAGUAACACUUGCAUUUAAAUACUCAAGCCAGGAAAAAUUGCACAGAUAGUGUGUAUAAGCUGUUCAUUCUGUACAGUGAAUUUUCUGAACCUCUUAAAGUGUUUUCCGUUCUUCCACAGAAAUAUGCAAAACAAUUCAUCUUUUUCUACUUUAUUUAUUGUUCCCUUGAAAUGACUGACCAGGAUAAAGACCAUGAAGCAAGAGACUUUAUUAAAAAUAAGAUAUCUAAGCAUAUAUGAUAGUGGCUCUAGUUUUAUAGAGCUCAGAGUGUAUUAAACAUGAAGCUGUUCCUUAAAAAAUAGCUGAAUUUGCUUUACCUUGUUUCGGUUAUCCAGGGGACAAAGUACAAAUUGCUCCAUGUUCUUCUCCCUUUAUGUAACAUCUCCUGAAGGUGUUCAGUUGCAUGGCUGUUCAGGAAGGUACUAAGGGCUUAGGCCAAAUCUUACUAUGAGUGCAUUAAAUGCUGCUGGCUUUUCUGAAAACAGGUACCUGAACCUGUCAGUUUAUUUUAAAUAAAUACAGUAGUUGAAAAUUU